UCUUGUCGGUUCCACCGCACGCGGCUCGACUGCCCCUUCGUCCGGGAGCCUCGCACCGCCAGUUACGGCGAAAAUUCACCUGCUCUGUUGUUGACUGUGGCCCGUGGUCUGCCGGCGGAUUUGAGACGAAUGCGGACGACGACCAUCGCGGUUUCCGUUUCUCGCAGCCCCGACAGCUCCUACUGACUGCAGUGCAGACAGCGGGGGAUUUGAAAAAAAAAAGAAAGAGUGCUCUGUGGCGAAGCCGACUGUGACGCGAGUGUGGUACGCGCGCGCGACAGCGGUGCCUGAUUGGAUCAGCCCGCUGACUGUGGGACUCUUUUUUUGUUGCUUAUUUCUUUUUUGCUGGUGCUAACAAAAAGCAUGCUUUUCGGUCCUGGCUGAGUCGCAUCGCGAAACACUCUAGUUAGACUACACAAUAAACAUACUUUGGUGGUGCCGAGGAUAGAGAGAAGACGACGAGAAGCAUGGAUUGUCGUCGUGCCGCAGCAGCGUCCGCAGGCGCCCUGACUGUUCGGACAACGUUCGCCGGUGGAUCGCAUGCCAGGAUUUCGGUCGUCUUCUUUAUCGGGACUCUCCUCGGAGUCAUCCUGCUCGCCUCACAAGGAUUGGCCGAGAUGCACAGCCGGUCGAAGCAUUACUCACACCGGCUGCGCUCCGGGGGCGGAAGGUCCGUGAGGGCUCCCGACCCGUCCGAGCCGUCACCCUACUUCGACAACAGCACCUCGAGGAAUGUCACCACGAGCGCCGGCAAAGCAGUAUUCCUGCCUUGCAAAGUUCGCCACCUGGGAGACAGAACGGUGUCGUGGAUCAGGAGGCGCGACCUACACGUUCUGACAGUUGGCCGGUUCACGUACACCUCGGACCAGCGGUUCCAGGCGAUACACAUGGACAACUCGGACCUGUGGAUGCUCCAGAUCCAGUAUCCCCAGAAGAAGGACGCCGGAAUGUACGAGUGCCAAGUCAGCACGCUGCCCAAGAUCUCGCGUUUCAUCGCGCUCAACGUCAUUGUGAGCAAGGCGAGCAUCGCCGGCGGCCCGACGCUCUACCUGAACAGCGGCAGCACCCUGAACCUGACCUGCGAGGUGAUGGAAAGUCCCGUGCCCCCCGACUACGUCUUCUGGUACCACGACGCGCGCGUCAUCAACUACGACAUCCAGCACGGAGUCUCGGUGCAGACUGAGAAGUCUCCGCGGACGCAGAGCCGGUUGCUGAUCGCCAACGCGCAGCCGCAUGACUCGGGAAACUACUCGUGCGUGCCGUCGAACGCCGAGCCGGCCAGCAUCGUCGUGCACGUGUUAAACGGCGAGAACCCCGCAGCCAUGCAGCACGGCAAGCACCCGUCGGCAGCCAUGUGCGCCCGGUCGGCGCCGUUCACGCUGUUCGCCGUGGCACUGUGUCUCCAGGUGUGCUCGAGGCGCCGGUGACGAGCGACAGGCCGCCACCCAGACGAGCCGGACGUUGUGACAAACUAAAGCGGCACUCGACGCCGUGUCGUGCGUGACAGGAGAAACGACGCACACCCGGAGAGACACCACAGCCGCGGAGCGUGCCAGGCGUCGAGCAACGGUGUUGUCGUGGCGGCCCCGGUGGUGACAAGUGUGGAGUCUGGGGUCUAAGCGAGGGGGUUGGCCGAGUGAUCUGGAACUGUGGGGCGGUUCGCCUCGCGAUGGGAGUGAUAAGGGCUAUGGAGCACUUGUUUUCACGCUGGAGCACUCACUAUACUAGCGCUUGAAACCACGCCCGUGAAACGCGCCGAGCUGCAGACACGCUAGCGGGGUUACGCGCCCUUACACCCAUGCGCGCUGUUGUUGCAGGGGAAGCAGUCGCGCGACAGAUGCCGGCGACUCCUGAGAAGCACUUCUUCCUGUUUAUUUUACCUUUUUAUUUUAUCUGUCUUCUUUUCUUUUUCAUUUGCGAGGUGGGUGAUGCGCUUCGAUUUCCCCUGGGGUGAAAGAAAAAAAAACAGUGUUUUUGGUCUCGUAAUGUUGAGACACGGGACAGCGUUGAGUGCACGUGAAGUGGACGAGGCACGUCGCCACGGAAACAGCGCUUCGAGCAGUGCUGUGCGAUCUGAGAACGAUGCCCGCCUGAUGCGGCGCCGGUUCUCCACGUGGUCUCCACGAGCAAGGACGAAACAUGCAAGAGUCACGUCGCCCUGUUUGAAUCGUCAUUCCGUUCAACGUGCUGUCCCAAGUGUAUAUAAUGUACGAGCAGAUGAUGCCCCCUACACAAAGCGGUGACGUCUUGAGAUUCGCGUUAUCACCACUUCAGUGUAUGAGCAGCCGUGAGGCACAUAAUAUGUAAAUCGAGUAAAAAAAAACAUUAUAUUUGAACCAACAUUAAGGAGAAGGAAAAAAAACGUUUAGUGUGACGGUGCACCAGGAGCAUAGAAACAUGCAUUGUAAGCACAGCGCCCAGGUUCCUGGCUCAAUUCCGUGCACCGGUGCUCAAAGGCACAAUAACUAAGCAGAAAAAUCACCCUCGUUCUAUUACAUUCCUUUUUUUAAACCUUACCUCAUAUAGACAACAGUUUUACCUACGUUUCAGGACAUAAUGCUGGUUCACCAUUAGGUUGAGGAUUGCCAGCAGCGGGCUAAUUUUAAGAUUGUACCCUUUAUAGCGCAGAUUUUGUUUCUUAUAGUCGAACGAUGUCAGCGCAGGCAUCGCCAAGUCGCAAGAUUUGGCCACUGGCAUCUCCUAAUACCUUCAGCUGUUUUCUCCCUUCAAAUUUUAGAGCCAGAGUGAGUUUUUGUAAUUAUCAGACUGGAACUGCUGCAUCCUGUAACGGUGGUUGUAAAGGAUAUCGCGGGUUGACCAUUAAAGUGUAAAGUUGUUUGUUGGUA